UGUUGGGGACACUCCCGGUUACUCAGUCGUUGGUUCUAGGGACCAAUGUGGAACCCGUUGUAAGGGGUUUCUUAGAAAUCCAAGCUGUGGGUGCAAGGUCUUUAGCAAGAUCAAUCUCAAGUCUGGCUACCACCAGAUUGAAGUCGAUCCUGCAGACCAGCAUAAAACUGCAUUCAAAACUCGCGAUGGGUUGUACAAAAAACCGUCAUGCCCUUCGCCCUCACGAAUGCACCGACCACCUUUCAAAGUCUCAUGGACAAGGUGUUCCACAGUCAGAUCAACCGAUUUGUUGUUGUGUAUUUGGAUGACAUACUAAUCUUCAGCAAGUCGAUGAAGGAGUACAUGAGACAUCUUGAGGAGGUGUUGCAGAUCCUCAAGGUUGCGCAACUCCAUCUCAACUUAGAGAAAUCUGAGUUUGGGAGGGAAAACGUUAUCUACCUUGGACAUCCGUUGUCUGCUGCAAGCCUAGAGCCCGAGGCAAUCAAAGUUGAGGUCAUCUGCAAAUGGCCUCAACCAACGAAUGUCCACGAGUUGCAUUCUUUUUUUGGUCUUGUGUCAUACUACCGUAAGUUUGUACCCAACUUCUCUAUCAUUGCCCAACCGCUGUCUAGAUUGACAAGCAAGAAUGUGUCCUACACAUGGGAUGGGAAAUGCACAACAGCCUUCCAAGCAUUGAAGGAGGCUUUAGCGAGUCAACCGGUGCUCCGCAUUGCAGAUCCCAAACUUGCAUUCGUAGUAACUAAGGAUGCCAAUUUGUAUGGGACUGGUGCAGUGUUGCAGCAAGAUGAUGGCGACGGCUUACGUCCGCUCGAAUUCUACAGCAAACGUAUGCCCAGUCACAAGGUAGCUGCCUCCACUUACAUGCGAGAGCGUUAUGCCUUGAGAGAGGCGCUAGAUCAUUGCAAGCACUAUCUCUUGGGUCGCCAUUUCGAAGUGUUCUCAGACCACGAGACCUUGAAAUGGAUUCAGGCACAGAACAAUCGCUCAACUACACUGACCCGCUGGCUGCAUGAGAUUGUUGUGUAUGAUUUCGAACUUAGGCACAAGAAAGGUUGUUACAAUCGCGUUGCGGAUGCUUUGUCUCGCCACCCUGAGUACAUGACUUGUCUUGUGGGUUCCUAUGAUCUCCGUAAGAAUUUGAAGGAGGAACUCAUUGAGCAUACUGCCAAGGACCCGGAACUCAAUCCCAUCCUUGAGCAGAUUCGGGCUGACCCUAGCAGUCAACCUGAUUUCCAUGAGUGUAAGGGCUUACUUUUCCGACGUUACGGGAAGCACGACCGACUGUGUGUACCCAACCAUGAGCCGAUCCUUACUCACUUCUUGGACUUGGCUCAUGGUCGGAGUGGACACUUCGGUUUUGAGAAGACAUACGGAAAUCGGCUGCAAAAGUUUGUAUGGCCUGGAAUGAAAGGAAUGGCACGAAAGUUUGUAACUGAGUGUGAAGUCUGUCAAUGCAUCAAAUUGUCUUGGCAGAAGCCCUAUGGGUUGCUGCAUCCUCUUCCUAUUCCUGAUGGCCCGGGUGAGUCUCUUUCCAUCGACUUCACGGACAUGGGGAAGAAGAGUAGGAAUGGAAAUUCGCAAGUAAUGGUGAUCGUUGACCGCUUUUCAAAUUUUUUGAAUCUGAUCCCACUACCACCUCACGCCCCAACUGACCUUGUGAUCAAAGAGUUUAAAAAAAAGUAUAUUCUGCAGUGUGGGCCCCCGAAAACUCUUGUGAGUGACCGGGACACUAGGUUCAUAAGUGCAGAUUGGAAGGACUUCACUUCCCAGAUCUAUGGCAUCAAACUCAAGAUGACGUCUGGUCGACAUCCCGAAGCCAAUGGACUGGCCGAGGAGAUCAACCAGACUGUGAUCCAACUUCCCUAAGCUUUAAUUGUGCCUAAUCAGAACUCUUGGGAUGAGGAAUUGCCGAUUGUGCAGGGGUUGUACAACAACUCCAUACACUUCACCGUGAUGACACCUAACCGGCUGCACCUUGGGUGGAAAAUUCGCAAUCCCCUAUCUUAUCUGUUUCCUGAACAACCACAUGGCCUGGCACCUGGCCAGCCAGGCUACAACACUAAGUUCGAUCCUUUGCUCAAAGUUGUUGUCACAGCUACGGAAAGGCGACGCAAUGCCAUGAUUAAGCAUGCAAACAAAAAGCGCCAGCCUGG